GGAAAACCGUAGAAAACUUGUAGAGUGAUGGUAUUUGAGAGUCAGGUAUUUGACAGUAUGACAUUUGAUGGUGGAUUCACGUGCUCCAUUAAAGACGUCAUAAUAGUUUCAGCGAUACACAUGAAGUGAUUUGAGUCAUAUAUGUUUUGCUCUUGGUGAAUUAAACUUUGUGUUCACAUUUAGUAUGUUUUGCUUGCUUCAAGUGGUGUGAGUUAAAUCAAACAUGAUGAGUCGAGGGAUGCAAAUGGAUGCUGAGGAUGAAGGUGGUGCAGAUUUCAGAGCAGACUUGCUGUCGAUCGAUGGUGACCUACAUGUGGAGGAUAUCAACACACUCAAGUUCCUCAUUCAGGAUUUCGCUCCGAGCAAAAAAUUGGAAACCAUAAACACUGGUCACGAAUUGUUCGAUUACCUACAAAUGAGUGGUCGACUGAAUGAACAGAACAAAUGGGUUUUGGCCGAGAUGUUGAAAAGAAUACUGAGACUUGAUCUUCUCGACACGUUCAAAGUGGACGAGAAAGACCUCGAUCAGUAUCUGGCAAAGUUUGGUUCUCAUUUUACUCGCUACAGACUUUUACUUCUGAGACUGGCCGUUGACAUUGGUGUUGACGACCUUAAAAGAUUGCUCUUCUGCUCGACCGAUAUUCCCCGAUCCAAGAGAGAGAAAAUUGCAACAGCAAUGGACUUUUUCACUUUUUUUGAACAGUCAAAGAAGCUGAGUCCUGAUAAUGUCGAUCUGUUGGAGGACAGUCUGCAUCACAUAGGCAGGUGCGACCUUUCACAGGUCGUCACUGAUUACAAACAGUCCUCGUUAACUAAUUAUUCCAAUAACUUCCCAACUGGAGCUCCCGGGAAUUAUGUCUGUGGCACAAAACCGGCAUACCAAAGUGCUAAGUUUAAUCCUCCUGCAAGCCAAGCUCCUGUGACAGGACUGCCAUACAAACCUGCUGGUCCUCCUGCUAGACCAGCCCCUGUAACGGGACAACAAGCGGAGUUUUCCAAACCACCAGCACUUUCCCACACAGGUCAAGCUGUGCCGGAUCCAGGGUCAAGGUCACAGCCAUAUGACGAGCAGACGCCAGAACAAGAUGCUCAAGAUACUCUGAUGGCUCAGCAGUCGGACAGAAUCGAUGUCGAUCCCGAACCCGAACCCGUCCCAUAUUACAAGAUGGAUGCCGUGCCUAGAGGAAUAUGUAUAAUAAUUAACAACAGAGAUUUUAAACAGGAUCCAGAUGAUCCAGAUUCAAAGGCAUUGCCUUCAAGGGAGGGAACUGAUGUUGAUGCAAAAAACCUACAAGACACAUUUCAGAGACUGCAGUUCAUCGUGAAAUGUCACACGAACCUGACUGAUAAAGGUAUGACUGAUCUCGCGUCUCAAGUCUCUCUGGAAGACCAUUCAGCAUUCGACUGUUUCGUCUGUUGUAUUUUAUCUCACGGGGUAGAAGGAAAGCUCUACGGUACUAAUGGUCGACUGCUCAGCAUCACAGAUCUCACGGGUCCAUUCAAAUCGCAGACAUGUUCAUCCCUGGCAGGAAAACCAAAGCUGUUUUUCAUUCAAGCUUGUCAAGGGACAGAGGAACAAUGUGGUCAAGAAAUACAGACAGACAGUCCAUACGAACUUGUCGACGUAGACGCACCACCACUAACGAAAGUAAUUCCAAAUGAAUCUGAUUUUCUGUUCGGAUACGCCACGGUGGUGGGGUUUGUGUCGUACAGAUCAAAGACGCAGGGAUCCUGGUACAUCUCCAAGCUGACAGAGAUGCUGAACAAAUAUGCUAAGAAGGAAGACAUUUUGAGUCUGCUGCUGUUGGUGAAUAAUGAAGUGGGUACAGAAUACGCAAUGAGGAGCAGGGGCGUAUGCAAACAGUCGCCAGCACCAGUCUACACGCUGCGGAAAAAGUUAAUUUUUAGAUGAAAGGACAUCAGUGGUUUGCUAGAAUAUAGAGACUUCACAGCAUUGCUACUAGCAUUAUCAGGGGUGCAGGAAGUACUCGCCCGCUCACCAAAUGUGAAUACAAAUUCUGAGAGACGAGUUGAAAAAUGCAGCUAUCAGUCCGAUGGGCGAUCUGUCUUUUUCUGACAGUAUUUUUUUUUUUUUUAUUUUUUUAUUUUUUUGAAUUUUGUAAAUCUAUAUGAAUGAACUGCGAAAAAAUUUCUUUAUUAGAAUAUUAUUAGGUAUAUAUUAUGUGAUGUGCAUAUUAUAAUAUUAUUAAACAUUAAUAUAUCGUUCUAUAAGCUGGUGGACUAGUAUAAAUUCAGGCAGGCUAGUAAAUUUUAGUUGGUUCUGGUCCGGCAGGCUAGUGAAAUAUUUCUCAUUUCUGUACCCCUGAUUAUGAAAUGUCGAAGAUGAUAUGAUCAAAAUAACUAGAGAUGCAUGAAAAGUAUAGUUAAGUGCUACUAGACAUCACCAGUUUUUAAUAAUGAAAGAAAUAUUUGUUUAAAAACAUCUCGGCACACAACUAUGGCUAUUUGGUGUCUAACAUAUGGUUAUUUUGACACUUGGUCGAGAAUGAGAGAGAGAGAGGAAACGAAAGGAA